UUCCGGUGCGCGUAGUGGAGGCCGUCCGGCUCCGCAGUGGGGUGGCGCGCGCGGCCAGCAGAGGGAAGUGUGAGUGGGGAGUUCCGGCAGCCCGUCCCGAGUGCUUACUAAAUUAUUUCGGAAGCCCUCGCCCUGCUUGCGCCACGGGUGGAGCCUGUGGGUGUACCAGCGGUCGGCCUGGUCUGGGCAGCCGGCAGUCCGCCCGCCCAUACUUGCAGUGCUUCCUCCGCCGCCCUGCGCUCCACCGACUUCCGCAGCAAUUACCGGCGCCGCGGGCGUGCCGGGCCUCCGCCGCCGCACAGUUCAGCUUACGCCUAGAACGACAUGAAGAUAGCGGUGAAUUAAUAGCGCUUAAAGCAGCUGCUGGAAUGUGUAAUAAAGGCUCAGUUGGUGUUUUCUAUGACAACUAAGCAAACAUUAUAUUACAUUAUAACGCAGAUACCUUACUGCGAGAUUGUCUAGAAGUGCCCUGGAGGUUUCUUCUGGGUUACUGGGAGGGCAGAACCAGGAAUUUGCCUUUUCCCAGAGGGAGGGAUUUGUACCCAAGCUCAGGGUUUUCCACUGUACCAACACUAUCCUCCAUUGGUGCUAGGUGACUGGUUUCCUCGAUUACUUCAUAAACAAGUGACAGCUAAAUCUACACAUCUGAUCCAAAACAUUUGGUUUAUAUUUACAUUGAGAGGGCUGUUUUCUCAAAUUUGCACACAAAGUUGUUGGACCUCUCCCCUUAAACAUCAAAGCACUUCUCUCCAGGUUUCUCUUUUAUGGGGUGAUGGACCACAAGGGACCUGUGCUUCUUUUUACCGGGUUGUGUACUUCCCCAAUAAAACCUUUUCUGUAAGCUGUACCUUGCGAUGUGGAAUUUGCACUUACCUUGUCUCACCUCUAUCACGCCUUGGGUACUCAGUCUGCCCCAAUUGUUUUAAAAUGUAGAUUUUGUUAUUCAGGUGUUGUGAGACUAGAUCAAGAGAUGAUUAUUGUUGAAAAGAUAGCUUGCUUCUUUCACCUUUCAAGAUCAGGGUGCAUGCUUUGGCAGGGAAGCACCACUGGAGGCAUAGGGACUGAGGGGAGAGUAGUAGCAAGAGCUUUUACUAAACUCUGGUUCCUAUGGAAAGGAACAAUCGAGCUAGGUAAAGCAAGUUUAGUUUGGCUAUUUCGAAAAGUUUCAGUGGACUCCAGGGCUUUGAAGGUAUCUCCAGUCUGUUGGUACCUUGCCCUGAUUUAGGAUGAGCACUUGAUAGGGAAGGUAGUGGUGAAGUGGUCUCUGGGUCUGUUGGUUUCCAUUUGAAAGGCAUGCUUGCAGGUGAGUUGUUUGCCAUUUCUAGGAAGUGAACUAGCCUUGGGUGUGACAUCGAAUGUCAUUAAGGACCCAGAUGUCAAAGCUUUGAAAUAAAGACAUGUUUAAUACACCAGACAGUACUAUGUUUAAUGUUAUUUCUAAAUCCUAUAACUGUAACGUUACAUUAUUAGCUCCACUUUUAGGAGAGGAAAUGAAAUCUCAGAAAGGUUUGGUUGGUGACUAAUGCCACACACCUAGGAAGAGAUUGCACCGUGAUUUUAAUUUGGGUCACCUGAGUCCAAAGCUGGUGCUCUUUCUAUGAGCUGGAUUACUUUGUUAUAGUACAAGAUGCUGUGCGGACAUUUGUAGUCCACUUUAGGAAUUUGACAAUACUGCAUUAGUCAUUGCCUCUCUGAAAUUAUUUUUCUGACAAUAAUUCCAUUCAUUCUUAUAUAUAGGAUGUAUUGUGUAAGUAUUAGCCAAAUAAUUCAUAGAAUGUAUUACAAAUACAAGUGUUAGGAGAUUCAGACUAGGCUGGAGUGCAUCCCAAUGAAAUGAGUCCAGUCAAAGAGAGCAUCACCUUGGCUAAAAUAUUUUUGGUUUGGCCUUUAGAAAACUGGUCAGAGGCACAUGGAGAGAUCAUGUGUAAGCAUUCCUAUUUGUAGCUCCAGCAGAGCUUCCUGCCAUUAGCUGACAUCAGUUAUUAACCAGUGGACAAUAAGUCAUGGAUAACCAUGCCCGUGGAACCAUAAGGUGUCUCCAACGUCGCUGAUGACCAAUUACAACCACCUGAGAGAUCAAACGUUGAAAACAACAGCUAACCCCGUCACCAAAUAUGAUUGUGAGGAAGAUUAUUUUUAAGUCACUAAAAAGAAAAAUACUAGUCAAAGGGACACAAUCAGAUUUACAAUUUGGAAAAGAUCACUGGCUGCAAUAAAGGUAACAGACUCAUGGGGACUGAAUACAUGUGGGGAAGCCAGCUGGUGACUUUUUGUGCAUUGCGACACAUUAGAUGGCUGCAUGGUGAUGACAGAAAGGAGGAGGGGCAGAGUUUAGAGAUAGGAAAUAAAAUCAGUAGAACUCAGUUAGCAUUAAAUGAAGGAGGUAGAGAGACAGGACUUUGUUAGGAAUUCCUUCACGUUAAAUGAAGGAGGUAGAGAGACAGGACUUUGUUAGCAAUUCCUUCACGAUGCUUAUUCCUACUAUCUGAGUGGGAACAACUGGAAAAAAGCAGUUUGAGAUAGGAGAAAUCAUGAAUUGGUUUUGAAUGUACCAAGUUUGAGAAGUUUCAAGAGGAGUUGUGAGAGUAAUCAACAGUAUAAAUAAAUCUGGAGCACAUGGAGGUCUAAAUCAGAUGAAAAUAGGGAGCAUUUAAGACUAAACUUAGGGAACUAUAAUAUAGAGGGAAGUGGCCCUUUGAAGGAGGUGGAGAUGGUUUUUAUGAUUAUGAACUUUUCUUGGCCACACAACCAUGGACAAGUUGGUGAAGCAUAUUAUUUAUAAUAAAAAUUGAAUAAUAUCAGAAACAUAGGAAUUAAAAGACAAGGAACAUAACAGGUUAUUUUAUUUUAUUUUAUUUUUGGUACCGGGAAUCAAACUCAGGACCCUGUGCUUGGCAGGCACUUAAACCACGGAGCUGUAUCUCCAGCCCCAAAACAUAACAUAGAUUAGUGGUCGCCAAGUGAAGGACCCAAGUCAAUGGGAUGUGGCCCUGGUAAACGUUGUUCACAUAUCCAAGCAUAGAUCUGACAGUGCAUCUUCUCUUGAUUUCUUACAUGCCAUUUGCUACAUAGUGAAACCUAAAGAGCUGGUUGGGAGGCUGUGCAAGGAGGAUUAAAAGCUUGAGACCAGCUGUUAAGAGACCCUGUUUCAAAAUAAAUGAAAAGGGCUGGGCUAACCCUGUCAACAAACAUGAGUGUGAAGGAGAAUACUAUUUUUGAACAAAAUCUAAAGAAAUGUAUUUAGGUAUACUAAAAUAUUAACCUCAUCACCAAGACUCUUUGUGGAGUAUAGAAAACAUUUUUAAUAUCUGACAAAGUGUAGUUUAGGAAAUGCUGCUUCAUGGGUAUCUCAAAUUUAACUUUCUUAAUGGAUAGUUGAGCAAAGGACACUUGCACACAUACUUCAGUCAUCAGGGAUGGCCAGAAACUUGAGCCCUUCACUGUUCUUGCUUCUGUGCCCUUUCUAGUGUGCUCCGAUGUCCUGUCAAGUCUCCUCUGUUUAUAUAUUUUGGCUCCUAUUGCUGAGGUCCACAUUGUCUACUGACCAAAUGAUUGUAACAAACUUUCCAUCUCUUUUUCCACAUCACUCUCUCAGACAUUCCUGUGGCCUUAGAAAUCCCCUGACCCAUCCUAGAUCCUUGAUGGGCUGCCUGCUACUCUACAUGAGCCUCUUCUUGAACUGCUCCUUAACUACUCCCUAGGCUCUAGAGCAGGGUUCUUAACUUGGUUGCACAUCAGAAGCACUUGAGACACACUGCAGCCCCUACCUUGGCGAUUGUGGCUCAGUGAAUCUGUCAUGGGUUGAUGCUGCAUGGCUGCCUCUGAGCCGUGGCCAGAGGUGACAGCCAUUAGUCCAGCCCCUCCAAACCACAUCUGAUUUCUUCAGUGGACCAUGUGCUGUCAUACCCCCUCUUAUUUUGCCUGAACAAACUUCCUCUGCAUCUUUGGCACACUCAGCUCAGACUGCUGCAAUGUCUUCUCCAAGCAGCUCUCUCUGGUUCUUUCAGCCCUUCUGUUCUUGCUUUUGGUCAGUGGUCUUUUCCUUGUGCUUCCUGUACUUGGAUUAAUCUCUCUAUGUGUUCACUUGUCAUUUUCCCAGAUUUAACCGGGAGUGACUGGAGACCAAACAUGUAUCCUGAGAUACUUGCUUACUACACUGCCUACAAAUAGCAAAUAUUUGUUGCAAGUAUUUGUUGAAAAAAUAGUUGAAAGAAUCUGCUUCUUUUUUCUUUGUAUUAUGUCAGAACUUUUAAAGUCCAAAAUAAUUUUUCCUCAUUUGUACAUUUGUAGCUGUUCUCUCUGGUCCUUUCCUAACAUUUCACCAUCAUUCCAGAUUUGCAGGAACAAUCGAUUGUCCUGAGCAUAAUUAAUCCAUCUGAAAUAAAAGGAAGUACUUAUAUCUUUGACUAUUUUGGGGCCUUGGAAAAAUUCAUAAACUUUUAAGAAGCUGUUACUUUAUCUGUUAAACAUGAGGAUGAUAAUACUGAGCUGUUACUUAGAGUCCCCAAUAAAGUGGCAUUUGUAAGCUGCCUGGCCUAUAGUAAAUGUUUAAGUACACUUUCUCCCCUUUUUUGGGGGAGAACCCAUUCCAUACUGGCAAGAAUUAAAUAUUUUAUCUGCAGAAAUUUGUUGCACUGCUCACUGCCUGUGUGGCUUUGAUUAGCUUAGUCUCAGUAGCUUCAUUUGGUGAAUGAACAUAAUUGCAAUUGUCCUUAUGAAGCACUAUUUAUUAUCCCUAAUGUCCCUAACUUUAUUACUAAAUUGAUUUCAGAAAUACCAAAAUUUUGUUUCACAUCCUGAAAACAUCCUAAAUCAUGUAAGAUAUUUAUAUGGAAGUUGUCUGUUAGACAGUUUUCUUUACAAUGCUGUGUUCCCUGGUAACUGGCAUUCAGAAACUUGUAUUUACUUUCCAAGCACCUGUGUAACAUGAGCACUAUCGGCCUCAGGGACAUCCUGAAGAGCUGGAAUUCAGAAGGACUCUUCAGACCCAAGCGUCCACCAACUGUCUGCCUCAGUGGGGCAGGGUUUUCAACUCUCUCUGCCCAGAAUGUCAGGAGAGGCCACAGUGUUGGCCCACUGUGCUGCAAGAGAACAAGAAGGACUUACAGUUGUGAAGGUUGAAGAAGAAAAUUAUGUCUGGGGGAAGGACUGUGUCCUUCAGGAAGCCUCCCAGAGUCAGGAAGUCUUCCGCCAGCGGUUCAGGCAGUUUGGCUACUCUGACUCUGCUGGGCCCCGGGAGGCCCUGAGACAACUCCAGGAGCUUUGCUGUCAGUGGCUAAGGCCAGAGGCACACACCAAGGAGCAGAUCCUGGAGCUUCUGGUGUUGGAGCAGUUCCUGGCCAUCCUGCCCCAGGAGCUACAAGCCUGCAUGCAGAGGCACCGGCCAGAGAAUGGGGAGGAAGCUGUGACUCUGCUGGAGGAGCUGGAGAGAGAAUUUGAUGGACCAAGCCAACAGGGUUCAGAUGGUCACCAGGAAAUGGUCUGGAAGGAAAUGAAACCCACAUCACUGUGCAGCUUACCACAGCCCUUGGAGAACCAGUGUAAGAAUGAGACUCAGGAGCCUCAGGCUUUCUGUGAGAAAGAUGGCAAGAUGGUGAAUGACGAAGUGUUGACAGUAAAACAAGAAAUUAUUGAAAGUGUAGCAUCAGCAGCUCUGAUAUCCUCAGGAAGGCUCCGUGGUGAAACUGCUUCAGGACAGAUAGUUGAAGAUUUGGGACAUCUGGACAAUGCUGAGAAGCAGAGGGGAAGUGUUGCAUGGAACACAGUGAGUCAGCUCUCUUCCCAGGAAACACAGGUUAGUUUGGCAACCUUCAGCAAGAAAAUCCCUGCAGAACAGAGCAUCUUUGAGUCAAAUGAAAUUAUGGAGCAUAAAAUUCACACAGGGAAGCACUAUGAAUGCUUUGACUGUGGGAAAACGUUUUGCCAGAGUUCAAAGCUGACUAGACAUCAGAGAAUUCAUACUGGAGAGAGACCUCAGGCAUGUACACAAUGUGACAAAGCUUUCAGUUUGAGCUCAGAUCUCAUUAGACAUCAGAGAGUUCACAGUGGUAAAAGAACCUAUGAAUGUUGUGAAUGUGGAAAAACUUUCAGGGGCAGCUUAGAGCUUAUUGGGCAUCAGAGAAUUCACACUGGAGAGAAGCCGUAUAAGUGUGGUGAAUGUGGGAAAGCCUUCAGCCAGAGUUCAGCCCUUAAUCAGCAUAAGAAAAUUCACACUGGAGAUAAAGCAUAUGAAUGUACUGAAUGUGGAAAGGCUUUUGGGCGUAGCUCUAGUCUUAUUCAACAUCAAAGAAUUCACACGGGUGAAAAACCCUAUGAAUGUCAUGAAUGUGGAAAAGCUUUCAGGGGCAGCUCAGAGCUCACAAGGCAUCGGAGAAUUCACACUGGAGAGAAACCAUAUGAGUGUGCUGAAUGUGGGAAAGCCUUUAGCCGGAGUUCAGCCCUUAUUCAGCAUAAGAAAAUUCACACUGGAGAUAAAGCAUAUGAAUGUACUGAAUGUGGAAAGGCUUUUGGGAGGAGCUCUAGCCUUAUUGAACAUCAAAGAAUUCACACUGGAGAGAAGCCUUAUGAAUGUAACGAAUGUGGAAAAUCCUUUAAUCAGAGCUCAGCACUCACCCAACACCAGAGAAUACAUACUGGGGAGAAGCCUUACGAAUGUAGUGAAUGUAGAAAAACGUUUAGGCAUAGGUCAGCCCUUAUGCGGCAUCAGAGAACACACACCAGAGUCUAACAUCGUGGGUAAGAGUUGUGCAAUUGUGGAAUGAGUGCUAACUCUAUUUUAAGAAUUUUUUAAAAGACUCACUGAAGUUUCUUAAGAACCCUGCACAGUUCAGUACUACAAGAGGAGAUCCACACAAUAAUAGGAUGGUUUAAGUGUUGAAUGGAAGAAUGGUAGGUAUGUCCUAGAACUGAUUUUAGGAUAAAGACCUCCUCUCCACUUUCAAAUCGUUAGGUACCUUCAUAAUAAGUCCAGGAUUGGGACAGAUACCUUAUAAUACAAAAAGGAUCUUUGCCCAGCAAGGGCAUUUGUGUAUUCUGCAAGUGGAAGCAUGUGCUAAGUUGAAUUGUGUGGCAUGUGAAAUGUUGAAUUAUGCCCUUGAUCAGUUUAAAGGUAUCUAAGGCUGUUCAAGAGAUGGUGGCUCAUUCUGCCCCUUGCUAAUUCUUCCUGCAGCAUUGGGCUUCCUGCAGAAGUGAAUUCUGAUAUUUUUUGUUGAGCACCUGCUAGGUUUAGCCACUGAGGGCAGACACUGACACUGCCCUCCCAUCGACUGUUAGUUAAAUGCUUAAGGGACAUCCCUAUUUAAGAAAUGAGCAAUCAUAGUAAAGUAUGGUAAGUGUUUUGCUAAGAUAAAUCUGGGCUUUUGUUAAAGUACACAGCAGGGAUAUUUUACCUGGUCUAUUAGUCACUGAAGAGUUCCUGGAUGUUAAAACCUAAAUUGUAGAAAGUUAACCAGGUAAAGGGCACAGGGGAAGAAAGAGCAGAGGUUGGAGAACAUAUAUGGAAACAUCCUUUCAUUAGGAUUCCACUCCAGCAGGAGUUUUCAUACUGUGGCUCAGAAGCCAGAACAAUUGUACGUUUCUCUUCCUGUUUAUAAUCACUAUCACCUAUCAGGUGAGCUCUGAGGCCUUUGCAUCCUCUGAAUUAAUGUGGUCGACUAGUGCAUUUUAUGGAAGCGGCAUAUACAUGUCAAGAAAAAAAUACACAUUGGAGUCUGGAAGAAGAGUGGAAGAUGGAAUCUUUGUGUCCCAUUGCCUUAGGGCUGAAAUGGAAAGAUUGCAGGAACACAGUAAUGGGAAUUCUGCUUUCUAAGGCCCCACUAUUCCCCACUCCCUUCCCCUUUCUCUCAGCACCAGAUUCACUCUUAAGCCACUUGAGGGGAAUAUUUGUUAGGGAUUAAUGAUUUCUGCUAGUUUUGAUUUGGGCAGGUUUAAUUAACCCACAGUUCCUGAAGACAAUCCCAGUAGCAGUCAUUUUGGAGAAUUUGGUGAUCAGCUAUUGUGGGUAAUAGGGGAGAUGCAAUUGAGUGUUUGUAUUCAAAAGCUGUGUAAAUUACCACUGAGCAAAAUCAAUCCUAAAUUUAUUUAAAGGAAUUCAAGGGGAUAGUGAGUUGCCUUUCCUAUUAAAAGAUUUAAUGUUAUUGCCCAAUUGUGAAUUAAAUAUGAAUGCUGGUAACACAGAAAGUAUAAACAUCUGUAAUCCCAUUAUCCAGAGGAACAGUUAGCAUUUUGGGUUAUUUCUUAGUAUUUUUUCUCUAUUAAUAUUUUUUCUAUUAGCAUACCUAAUAAUUUUGGUAAAAAUCUUGUCUAGUAAAUAAUUUUUGUUAACUAAUAUUUAUGUUGAAUAUACACUUCAACUGGUCAAUAUCAGAAUGUAAUGUAAGAUGUAAUAAAAUGAGUUUUAAAGGUU